AAUUUCAUUCAGUCAGGCAGUUUGCAGUUUGCGUUUGUGAGAAGAUUAUUGUCUGACUGAGAUAAAAACAAUAACGAAAGAAUACUCUUACACUUUUUAUUAAGACAUUCUCACACAUAUAAUUAUUAAGAAAAUAGUGGCAACUAAAUAUUCUAACUAGAUACCAAAAUAGCAACAAAUCGAUUUUUACUUUAGUGUUUCAAAAGUGAUUUUUAUUACGCGCAUGAUAGAUUCCAAUAAAUUACAAAGGGUUUAGAUUAGUUAAACAAAAGGUUAAUUGUUCAGCUGAGCUCUUCAUCAGUCUGCUAUGGAUCCGUCGGGGUCUAUAAACGAGGAUGGCAUUGAGACCUUGGAGAAUGAAGAAGAAAUUAUGGAUGAUUCAGAGGAGCGCGAGCUGGUGGGUGACUCGUGUUCCACGAAAGUGCUCGACUCCCCAGAGGCCCCUCGCGACAGAUACGGUGUCGUCUAUAUGCUGUUCUACCUCUUUGGUAUCACUUCUCUGGUGCCUUGGAACUUUCUAAUAACUGCUAAUGAUUAUUGGAUGUAUAAAUUCCGUGAUGUGACUCCAAACAAUUUGACGAUGGUGGGGGAAGUGGUGCGGAAGACACAGUUUCAGGCGGAGUUUACUUCCUACCUGAAUGUGGCCACUGCUAUCCCCAACUUGAUAUUUCUCAUCCUCAACUCACUCUAUGGACACUUGGUCCCAAUGAAAAGUCGUCUGCAGGGUGCUCUGGUGGUCAUCACCCUAUCAUUCCUGGUGACUACAGCGUUCGUGCAAGUAGACACUGACGAAUGGCAGAAUACAUUCUUCAUCAUUACCAUGGUUACAGUCGUCAUUAUGACUGCCGCCAGUGCAGUCUUCAUCGGCGGCCUAGUGGGCAUCGCUAGCCGUUUCUCCAAAGAGUAUAUGGCCGCGGUCGUCAGCGGACAAUCCUUAGGGGGAAUCAUAGCGGCCAUUGCCCAAAUCAUAUCUUUAGCUUUCAAAAUAUCCCCAUUACACAGCGCGUUAAUAUAUUUCAUUAUAGCAGACAUAAUGGUUGUUACUUCUUUGAUAUCUUACGUUUAUUUGUAUAGAAUAGAUUUUUUUACGCAUCACAUUUUGAGGGGUUCGGGGAUGGCGGCCAAUAGGCACAGGGCUGUCUCGAUGGUGGGGGUGAUGAGGAAGAUAUGGGUGUACGCGUUUAGUAUAUUCGCGGUGUUCGCUAUCAGUAUGGCCGUGUAUCCGGCUGUUACGGUGCUGGUGGAAUCGCACCCGACUACCGCUGGCACGGAUUGGAAUAAUAUAUUCUUCGUGCCCGUGGUGAACUACUUGAUCUUCAACUGCGGCGACUACGCCGGUCGACUCGUCGCCGGGUUCUUACUGAAGCCCGAGAACCAAUGGGUGAUAGCGACGGCGUGCGCGCUGCGCGUGGCGGGCGUCCCCGCGCUGAUGUUGUGUAACGCGCGUCCGCGCUCGCGCUUGCCCGUGUUGUUCCCGUGGGACUGGCAAUAUAUCAUUAUCAUGAUCUGUUUCGCCUUCUCCAACGGGUACCUCACCAACAUCGUCAUGAUCAACUCCACCAGAGUCGUGGAGCUACACGAACGAGAGAAGGCAUCGUCAGUGAUAGCAACAAUGCUUAGUGUGGGGCUUACAUUAGGAGCGGCCGUUGGGAUGUUGCUCGUACACCUCUUGUAAACGCAGCCUUAGGCUGACCCGACUGCAAUUGUGUAAACUUGCCCUAAUACUUACACGAAGGGUGAUGUAUCUCAAUGCUUCCAUUAGAAUGGAAAGUAGGAAAUUUUAUUUUUUGCCAAUUCUGCUCGUAAAAUCCGGACUGAUCUUAUUGUGAUUGAACGUGAGUGAAUUGGAUAUGCAAGAAUAAAAAUAAAAAUUAGGGCGCAAUUACUAAUACUUAUUAAUUAAUAUUUAGUUCCAAUUAAUAUUGCCACUAUUGAUCCAAAUUGAAUGAUAGCCGAGGAACAAAUAUUGUAAUAUUUUACACAUAGUUAACUAGUUUUACUUGGUGUAAUAGAGGAUGUCUAUAGCCAGAUUGCAGCGCGAUCUAUGGUGCUUUGUUUGUGAUUUAGUUUAUUUUUUAAUUGAUAUCCAUUUAUGUAUACAUUUAUUUUUUGUAGUUUGUUUUAAACACAGUAUAGUAAAAACUCAUCGCAAGUUGGCUCGUACGUCCCACGAUUGCUCUGCAAUAUGGCGCCAACACUGGCGUCUUAUCGCACUCAAUAGUACGUAUUCACUUGCACGAAGUAACAUCAUUAUGAAGAAUUUAUUCCAUACAAUUUUAUGGAGUGUUCGACCCUGUGUGCUUCUGCUGUGGAAUCUUUAGACUCUUAGAAAUAUAUUAAUAAAAAAUAAAGAUUCCUAGUUACACUUUGAAUUAAUUGCUAAGCUUUAAAUGUAAGUUUUGCAAGCUUUAUUUAUUUAAGUCACAUGACACAUGUUAAUGUUUAAAUUUCACAAUAUUCCAUAAUUUAGACGACAUUAAAGUCACGACAUAAUUGAUUAGGGUUUAGUGUUAGUAUUUCGUAAAUUUUGACAUUUAUAUAUUUAGUUAUGCAUGAAAACUACGUAAAAAAAUAUUUAAUUAGGUAAGUACUCAAAAAUGAUAUUUAAAAAUAUAUGUUUUGUAUAGUAAAAAAGUAUAUGUAUUAUAGUUGUAUAUGAAGUGUUAGUUUGAGUAAGUAUAAAAGACAUUUUCCAGAAUUCGUGCAAUUCUGUUUAUAGAUCUCAGAAUAUUAGAAUAGUUGUUGUUACCAAAUCAAUAUAUCAAUUAAAAAUUAAUUUAGAUAGGUGAAUAAAUUGUAUUAUUGUACAGAAUGUAAUAGGUACAGUCGACCGCGUAACAAGUUAUCUUGCAUGGAUUUUAUGCUACGUAAUAGCGGCGAACUUUCAAUGAUUUUGAGUAAGUUGAUAUGCUGUUGAUUGUACAGUCGACCGCACCUUAAGCCGAGUAGCGUAGAGUUCUAUGAAGCAGCAAUAGUGGUGAAUUUGUUAUGAUUGUGGAUAGCUUGGAUGUGCUGUUGACUGUGGAUUGUAUAUAUUUGAAAAUAUAUUUAAAACAUGAUUUUUAUAUUUAUAGACACUUCAGUUUUUGUAUUAAUAUUCCAUAUUUAUGUGACGUUCAAAAGAUAUGUUUGAUCGUAUGUUGUUCAAGAUUCUGUUACUUCGUGGAAAUUGAAGAUUUUUGUAUUUCUAUUCACGCUGGCUGUACACUAUCGGCGAACUUGGAUAGAUGAUGUACAUUGCGUAUUUUGUACGUGACUUUUUAAAAGUAAAAACCAGCAAUGUACGUCUAAACCGCCAAGUUUGGCGAACUUUCAGCCGAUAGUGCAUAGCCGGCAUUAGACGAUAUAACCAAGCAUUCAGAAUGCUUGACUUAUUGUAAAUAUUUUGUGUUCAUAUCGAUACUUAUACUUACUGCAUUUUGUUCGAUAUUCAUCGGCAAUCACUUAAAAUGUGCAAAUAUAAGGAAUUUAUUUAGUGAUAAGUUAUUUUAUCCAAUGUUAGAUCAAUUUAUAACGAAUUAUGAGCUUUAUUAUAUGUAUAUCUUUAUGUGAUAUAGAGUUAUAACAUCGUAGCGCGUAAGGAUAAUUUAUUCAAUGCAUUUUUCUUGUCUACCAUUUUGCAUUAUUUACGAGAAAUUUAUGUUUAUUAUUAUAUUAACAUUUAUUGUCAAAAAUACUUAGUUCUGUAGCAAUUACUUGAACAAAAAAUAAAUGAUUAAUGCGAUUAUUGCUUACUUAACCAUCACAUUUCGAUUCUGAAAAAUAAAAACAAUAUAUUUAUAAAAGUCUUAAAACGUUUAUUAAAAAAAAAUACAUAUAAAACAUCGUAAAAUCUAUUAACAUCUGACCAUUACGGACCAUACAAUAAUUUAUUUAUAUUUAAAUCUAAGUACAAUAGAAAUUACCAUGAUCCCUUAUUAAAUAAGUCUAAGAAACGGACGAUAAAAAACUCCAUUUCAUUUCAAAUAUCAAAAAGAAAUAGUAACAUAUUUCGGAGAAAUUAGUUCAAAAGGUUGGCAUGUCUUCAUCAUUAUACUACAUAAAAUUUAUCGUCCGUUUCAUAAUAUAAAGACAUUUAUACCUAAUCCCGUCAAUAGAAGGCAAGCCAAUAAGGCAAGAUGGAUGAAAAAUAUCGAUAAAUAUUCCGGUUAUUGCUAUGCACUUACGCCCUGUAUUAAGAACACUUACGAUACAUCAGAUCUCUCACCUUUCGUAUGCAUAUUUCUUUCAAUUUGUGACAAAAAUGCUUUUUUGGAAUAAUAUA